GCUCGUGUGAGUACGUUUCUCAAUUUUUAGAGCAAUUAAAUACAGAUCAUGUUCUUAAUAAAUGACAAACAUAACACUGCUACUAAGUCUCCAUCUUCUUAGAUCAAUGAAUGGAGCCCCACCUGGAACACAAAGUACCAGAGAAACGCACAACGUCGCUGAGUACUGACUUUACCAGACUGCGGGACUAGAGGGAACUGAAACAGCAGCAGCCAGGAGCGCAGCCCUGCUGUCCCGUGGAUUUAUCACGGCACUGAGGCGAGAGACGCAUGGAACAUGGCUGCUAUGAGGACUUUAACCAUGGCAGGUCUCUUUUUGGCUUUUUGCGCUUUGGGACUUAUAGCCGUCGCGAUCAGCACUGACAACUGGUAUGAGACUGACGCGAGGAGGUACCGGCUGCGUUGCAAGAAUUAUCCCCACAAAAGGAACGACCCGGGUUACAUUUACAUUUCCAAUAACAACCUCCCGCUUCGCAUGCUGCCGAAGGAGAAGCAUUUGGAGAGGAAAGGCACCGGUGUCAGUGGCGAGAUGCUGCUGCGGGCUAAGCGGCACUUCUUGCCUCCUGCCCCGGCUAUGGAGUCCCUCUGCCGUCGGCAAUACAACUCCACCAUUACCGGACUGUGGAGAAAGUGCCAUCGACCGGGCUUUGACUUGGAGACAGAGGACUUGAUCUUCAAAGGAUUGGUUCCGCGCUGCACACCAAUAAAAUACUACUACUCAUCAUCAGCGUUGCCCAGGAAUCUGCCAAUCAAUCUGACGAAGACAAUGAGGCAGGAUGAGUGGCACGCACUACACCUCCAGAGGAUGACUGCCAGCUUCAUAGGCAUGGCUGUAUCCAUCAUCCUAUUUGGCUGGAUCAUAGGUGUGCUGGGCUACUGUAAAGAGCAUGAUCUGAUGCAGUAUGUCGCUGGACUCCUCUUCCUCAUGGGAGGAACAUGCUGCAUAAUCUCCCUCUGUACAUGCGUAGCUGGGAUCAACUUUGAACUGUCGCGCUACCCUCGCUACAUGUUUGGAUUACCAGAGGACAUCAGUCACGGUUACGGAUGGUCCAUGUUUUGUGCCUGGGGUGGCCUUGGCCUUACGUUGCUGGCUGGUUUCCUGUGCACACUUGCUCCUUCCCUCUACCCUCCACAUACCCCGGUGGUGCACCACAAGCCCAGGCAGGAGAACGGCUGCGUGUGACAAGCCGCUGGCACAUCUAACAGACACCUGCCUCUUCCUGGAACAGUGAUGUUUGAGCCCUGAUGCAGAGACAGUUUGACCUGUGCGGGGACUCAGAGCAAAGAGAGGGGGGCCUUCACAGAGCUGGGCUCGGAGACAGAAAGGCACACUGGCUCUUGCUCACAUGGAAAUCAGAAAGAGGUGACUUUUGACUGAAGAGGAUUUCAGUCCCUCUGGUGCUUUUUUCUGUCCCUCUUUAUGAAUGAACUGUUCAGUGUUAUUGCUUGCUCUUCAAGAGGAAAAUAGUUAUACAAACAUUUUCUUCCGGUAAAAUCUGCCAGUUUGAGAAGAAAAAAGAAAAGAAAAACUGGCAGAGGAUCAAUAGCACAACUUUGAAAUCUGUAUUGAAGAUCAAACUAUGGAAGUGUUCUGUCACAUUUCAAAGGGCAACUGUGUAUCAUUAUGUACCCAUUCAAAAGAAGAUAUGUACAUGUACUUUUUGAAUUGUAUGUAUGCAGAUGCAUUUGUGUUUAUUCAAGGAAAAAUACGAGCAUUCAGACCAAACUGUGUUGAGGGAAUUGUUUUGUUGUUCUUGAGGUCUUAAUCCCCAUCAAAAUAUUUUUUGAAAAAUAAAACAGUUGUGCAAAACAGUUUAAUGCCUGCAUGUGUAACAUACUGAGCCAACACCAUAUAAACUCCUUUGUGGUCAUCUUUCUUUUGCAGUAUGACAUGAGGUCACUGGUCUGCCAGCAAGCAGAGAUGCCCACUAAUUGAGUCAAAACUUUUACAGCAUUUCUCUUUAAACAUCAGUUUUUCUUUUUAUAUCUGGUGGUGCGUCGAGGAAACAGUUUUAUUCAACCACUCCUGAACAAUUAGAUGGUGAAAUGUCUGACUGAAGCUAGAGUCCCUGGCCAAGUUACAAAACAGACAAAAAUAAACCAAACCAAAUUAAAUAGAGCAGAAAACAGUGAGGUAAUGGUCUGCUGCUGGUUCUUGUGAAAUUUUUCAGUCUCUAAUAAACACAACUGAUCCAUACAAAGAAAUUAAAUCAAAAAAAUUACACCAAAAGCUCUCUGAUCUCAUGACAACAGCACAAGUUUACUUUGGUUUAUGAUUGAUUAAUAUCAAAAGAUUGUUUUCCAUUGACAACAUACAUACCAUCAACUUGAGCUGUAAUCACUUUA